CUGAUCCUGACCAAGUAUCUCUCUCUCUCUCUCUCUCUCUCUCUCUCUCAAACGAGAAGAAAAGAAAAAACAAAAAAACCAUGUUGAACUCCAUCAAAGGUGUUCACAUCCUGAUAUUUCCAUACCCAGCUCAAGGCCACAUGUUACCAAUGCUGGACCUAACCCACCAACUAGCCCUCCGUGGCAUCACGAUAACCAUUCUGGUGACACCAAAGAACCUCCCAACCCUGAACCCUCUCCUCUCAACCCACCACCCAUCUUCAAUCCAGACCCUGGUCCUUCCCUUCCCACCCCACCCCUUUCUCCCCUCUGGCGUCGAGAACGUCAAGGACAUCGGCAACGCCGGCAACUUACCCAUCAUCAACGCCCUCGGCAAGCUUCACGAUCCAAUAAUCCACUGGUUCAACUCUCACCCAUCUCCCCCUGUGGCCAUCCUCUCUGAUUUCUUCCUUGGCUGGACGCUACACCUUGCGCACCAACUUGGUAUCCCCAGGAUCGUUUUUUACUCAUCUGGCUCUUUUUUAGCCUCUGUCUCUAAUUUCAUUUGGCAAAAUAUCAACACUGUCCGUUCUUUACCCGUCGUUCAUUUUCCCGAUCUACCAAGAUCGCCGAGUUUCACUGCGGACCAUCUUCCUUCUAUAUACCGAGUAUAUAGGGAAUCGGAUCCUGAUGGGGAGUUUCUUAAGGAUGGCAUGCUCGCUAAUAUAGCCAGUUGGGGCUGCGUUUUUAAUUCUCUUGAUGCCUUGGAAGGUGAGUAUUUGGAUCACUUGAAGAAGAAAAUGGGCCAUCAACGGGUUUGGGGAGUUGGGCCUCUUAGUUUGGCUGGUGGGGCUGAAACCAUGGGUCGGGUCAACCCGGAUAAGGAUUCCGGAGACGGGGUGUUGACAUGGCUCGAUGGCUGCCCGGAUGGGUCAGUUUUGUAUGUUUGCUUUGGGAGUCAGAAGUUGCUGAAGAGGGACCAAAUGGAAGCCUUGGCUGCUGGGCUUGAGCAUUGCAAGAUCCGGUUCGUUUGGGUGGUCAAGUCAGUGACAGCCCAACAAAUAGAGGACGGGUACGGGUUUGUACCCGAUGGAUUUGAGGAUCGGGUGUUGGGAAGGGGUAUGGUGUUAAAGGGGUGGGCUCCACAGAUGUCGAUACUGAGUCACCGAGCUGUGAGUGGGUUUUUGAGCCACUGCGGGUGGAACUCGGUGUUGGAGGGAAUAAUGGCUGGGGUGAUGAUAUUGGCGUGGCCCAUGGAAGCAGACCAAUUUGUGAACGCAAGGCUGUUGGUGGAGGACAUAGGAGCUGGGGUCCGUGUGUGCGAGGGUGCCGAUGCGGUCCCUGACUCGACUGAGUUGGCUCAGACCAUUGCUAAUUCAAUGAGUGGAGACACAAGUGUCCAGAAGGUGAGAGCAAAGGAACUGAAAGACCAGGCAGUGGAAGCAGUUAAGGAGAGUGGGAGCUCUUGGAGAGACUUGGAUAGUCAGAGAGUUGAUCAAACUUCAAAUCAAAAUUGUUUGACAACAAGCUUCGUUGAGUGCCAGACCACAAAAACAAAAAAGCCUUAAUCUGUGAUCUAAGGUGCAGAACUCAAAUGACUUUCUAGCAAAUCAAUAAAUUGUCCCAUCAUCCUGCCUCACUUAUUUCUCAUGAUCGAUCAGUAGCCAACGAUCAAAAUCUGAAGCUUUCUUGACAAAACAACCUCACGUGUUAGUUUUGUUCUUUUGAUAAGAGACGAUAACACUACGGCAGCCAAAAGAGGGGUAACUCAUGAACACACAUUGUUCAUAUGAUGGCAUCUAUGCAUAUGUCGGAUAGUAAUUAAUGCCAAUAACAACAUACCUAUCCCAAUUGUAGCACCGCUAACGACAUCAAAGUUGAAAGAUGUAGCUUCAAUUGGUCAUUGCAAUGUCUUCCAAAUUCAUUAUUUUGUAAUAAUUAUCAUCACUCUUUUA